AUGGCUGCUGCACAAGAGGUUUCCCAAGCCCAUGUGGCUAGUGGUGAAGAAGGCAUCAAGGAUCCGGUCAACAAUCUGGCUGGCGCUGCUGAUCCCGAUGCAGACGCUGAACCUGACAAUGCUUCUGAAGCCUUAAUAAACUUAACUAUUGCAUUUCCUGAUCCAAAUGCCAAGAAGAUGCAAAUCAUGGUCUCGUCUCAGGAGCAGGUUCACGAAGUUCGACAAUCCAUUAUCGACUUACCUGCGGCAUUUCGCUACACCUGUUUUCAUCUCGAGUAUCGCGGUAGCAAAGUCAACGAUUUCAUCCCAAUUGCAGAAAUUCCCGACCUUGAUUCCGAACCCGAGUUCCGAUUAAUAGAAGACCCCUAUACAGAAAAGGAAGCACGAAUCCAUCUUGUGAGAAUUCGGGAGCUCAUUGGUGCUGCGGGAGACCGGGCGGACAUCUACCAAGGAGUUUUGCCUGGGCUUUCUCUGUUUGAAAGCGUUUCUCGACAGCUGCAGGCGAAUGCUGACACCGUUCAAGAGGCUUCGCCUUUGAAAGACUACGAUUUCCAGUCGGCUGCGUCCUUGAAUAACCUCGUGCCCAACUCAUUUGAGCCGGGGCCAAAAACUGUCAAAUCCGUUGCUCUUUCGUCGUGGAAUCCUCCACCAUGUCACCUGAGACAACGUGGCCACCUCUUGUACGUUGUUGUCACUACAAAUGAGGGAGAGCAAUUCCAGAUAACGUCUCAUGUGUCGGGUUUCUUCGUGAACAAGUCGUCAAACGCCAAGUUUGACCCGUUUCCGCGGGCAGCACCGAAAGGACACUCCGCGCACUCUCUUCUAGAACUUAUUUCCCUUAUUUCUCCUUCUUUUGCUGAGGCAUUCCAACAAUUGCAGGAGUAUAAUAAUCAACGAGACCCUCUGGCGACGUUCCAAAUAACUAAUGCUAUCCCAUCAGCACCAUGGGCAGUGCCUUCUCCGGCCUCAACUAUUUGUGCCCAUGUCGCGGACCCCACUCGCCCACAAGAAACCUUGCUGCUCUCAGGAGUUGAGAAUACAGACACGUUGCGUGACUGGAACGAAGAGUUCCAGUCUGCUAAAGAACUGCCCAAGGAGACGGUGCAAGACCGAGUGUUCCGUGAAAGAUUGAUGUCGAAGCUUUUCGCGGAUUACAAUGACGCUGCCACUAGAGGCGCUGUGAUGGUAGCCAGGGGGGAAAUUGCACCGCUGAACCCUACCGAAGAUAGAGAGGCUCAGAUAUUUGUGUACAACAAUAUCUUCUUUUCCUUUGGGGCUGACGGUGUUGGGACAUUUACGUCUGAGGGUGGCGAUGAGGCCGCCAGAGUCGCGACCGGAAAAGACGUUUCUGGUGUGAGACUUGUCAAUCAGCUUGAUAUCGAUGGUUUAUUUGCUCCGGCUACCGUUGUUGUCGACUACUUAGGUAAGCGAAUUGUUGGCCAGAGUAUUGUGCCUGGUAUUUUCAAACAACGUGAGCCGGGAGAAAAUCAGAUCGACUAUGGUGCAGUUGAUGGCAAGGACAUUGUUGCAGCUGAUGAGCGAUUUGCUGCGCCAUUUGCACAGCUGUCAAAAUCACUCAAGGUUAAAAAGCAUCCAGUCUGGGAUAAGGACGGGAAUCGCUUCGACCUGGAAGCCAGUAUCGAGACAAAGGGCCUUAUGGGAACUGAUGGACGAAAGUAUGUCUUGGAUCUUUAUCGAAUCACGCCUUAUGAUAUCAACUGGCUUGAGGAAUCGAGGCCAAAAUCUGAGGAGGGUCAUUCAACGACUUAUCCACAUCGUAUGACCGUUCUUCGUCCUGAGCUUGUUGACUCCUUCGCUCGCUUCAAAAUGAAGCAAUGGGUUGAUACUGAGCUUGCUCGCCACAGCCAAGAGAAGGCAGGGGAAAUCACUGAUGAGGCCAACGGUGAUACCAAGGGAGCUUCCGGUGAAGAACUUUCCAAAGCACAACUCGAUCUCUCUGACUUCAAAUUUUCGCUCAAUCCAGAUGCUUUCAGCGGCCAAACGCCUCAGUCAGAUGGGGAGAAGGUGCAACUAGAGGAAGACGAGAAAGAGGUGCGGGAAGCCGGAAACUUUUUACGAAACCACGUCAUUCCUGAUCUAUUACGAGAGCUCUCCGACUCUGACAUUAGCUUCCCCAUGGACGGCCAGUCACUAAGUCGAUUACUGCAUAAGCGAGGCAUUAAUGUUCGGUAUCUCGGAACCGUAGCAUCUCAGGCCAAGGGGGAGAGACUACGUUGUCUCCGGGAAAUUUGCAUUCAGGACAUGAUAGCGCGUUCGUUCAAGCAUGUCGCCUCGAUUUAUUUGCGAGCCCUCCCCGUUCCUUUCACCACAGCCUGUAUAUCACACCUUCUGAAUUGUUUGCUUGGGUAUGAGUUUAAUGCGAAGCCCAAAGCGGAAGUUGACCUCUUGUUCAAAUCUCUGUAUCCCGACGCAGACUUGUCUUUUGAGCUGGUUACUCCUGAAAGCCUUCGGGCCAGCAUAGAACAGCAAGUGCUUAAGCGCUUCAGAUACAAGUUGGAGAAGAAUUGGUUCGAUACAAAGCGCAAGGUUCAGUUAUUACGUGAGCUCUGCCUGAAGCUUGGUAUUCAGGUACAGGCAAAGGACUACACUUUCGACCAGGGGGCGCCGCUCGCGCCACAAAAUGUGGACAGCGCUUCAAGCCAGACAAACGGACAGCAAAAUGGAGAGUCGAAGGAUAAGAAGAAGAAGAAGAAGGGCCGGGAAGCAUCACCUGUUACAGCUGCACCUGCGGCUUUGAAUUUGACAUUUUCUCCUGACGACGUGGUUGAUGUCGUCCCCAUUGUCAAGCACUCUGCGCCCCGAAGCGCAUUAGCAGAGGAAGCACUCGAAGCUGGACGUCUCUCUAUAAUUCAAAAUCAGAAAAAGUUGGGUCAAGAACUUCUUCUUGAGUCGCUGUCACUUCAUGAGCAGAUUUACGGCAUUCUUCACCCGGAAGUUGCCAGGGUAUACAACAGCUUGUCGAUGUUGUACUACCAGCUGGAUGAUAAGGAGGCGGCUGUAGAGUUGGCAAGAAAGGCUAUUGUCGUCGCUGAACGAACUGUUGGACUUGACUCUGCUGAGACACUGCUCAACUAUCUUAACUUGAGUCUGUUUUUGCAUCAAGUGGGAGAUAGCCGGGGAGCCUUGGUUUACUCGAAACACGCGUUGAUGCUUUGGAAAAUCAUCUAUGGACCCGGCCACCCUGACUCCAUCACAACAAUCAACAACGCGGCGGUUAUGCUUCAACAUUUGAAGCAAUAUCAUGAGUCAAGACUUUGGUUUGAAGAGUCGCUUCGUGUGUGUGAAUCUGUGUUUGGCAAACAAUCGAUCAACUCGGCCACGUUGUUAUUCCAGCUGGCACAAGCUCUUGCUUUAGACCACGACUCAAAAGGCGCGGUGAACCGCAUGCGUGAGUCGUACAAUAUCUUCCUCAACGAACUUGGACCAGAGGAUAAGAACACGAAAGAGGCUGAAAGCUGGCUCGAGCAGCUGACCCAGAAUGCCGUAUCAAUCGCCAAGCAUGCCAAGGACGUCGAAUCCCGACGUUUUCGAUCUGGUAUACGCUUUCCAGCUACUGUGCCUCCCGCCCAACAACAGGUCCCUGGGUCACAGCGUCUGGCUCAGUCGUCACAAAUCGAUUCACGAAGUAUAGAUGAACUCAUCAAAUUCAUCGAAGGAGGGGAACAAAAGUCCAAAUCCUCCAAGAAACAGCCUGGUCGAGGAAACCCAAAGCGGAGGGGCCAGUCCUCCACCACCUAG